AGUAAAGAACCCUACAUCAACUUCACCACUAUUCUCUCUCUCUCUCUCUCUCUCUCUCUUGCGCUCUCUCUGUCGAUCAGGAAUUUCGAUCUUGGAAUCGUUGCGUCACUUCUCAGACAAACCAUGAACGAUCAAUCCAUGCAAAUCCAAAUGCUCGCUGAAAAAUUCCACCGAUUCGUUCUUGACUGCGAACUCAAGCAACCAUCAAUCGCUCAGUGCUCUGAUAUUGAGUCAAAGAAAGUGAACGAGAACUCUGACUCCAUGGAUGAACAUAGUUUGUCCAAUGGAAUCCAUGAAGUUUCUCCGGAUACGGGCCACACGCUUCCCAUAUUGAAGAAAAUACUUGAUCUCAGUGCUAAAGUUCAGGAUUUGAAGAAGCAGCAUAUAACCAUGUGCGAUGAAGUGAAACUCACUACUCAAUCUUUUCCUGGCACUGAUAUUAUGAAGUCUGUGCAGCUUCUCGGUGCUGAAUAUGAACUCCUAAAAAGAAAGUACUCAGAGGAGUCCUCUGAGCGGAGGCGGCUUUACAAUGAAGUAAUUGAACUCAAGGGAAAUAUUAGAGUUUUCUGCAGAUGUAGACCAUUAAAUGAGAAUGAAAUUGCUAAUGGGUCUGCAUCUGUUGUCAAUUUUGAGUCGUCUUCAGAUAAUGAGCUUCAAGUCAUUUGUGCAGACUCUUCUAAAAAGCAAUUUAAAUUUGAUCAUGUAUUUGGGCCAGAAGAUAACCAAGAGGCUGUUUUUCAACAGACCAAACCCAUUGUUACAUCAGUAUUGGAUGGGUACAAUGUCUGCAUAUUUGCCUAUGGGCAAACUGGAACUGGGAAAACAUUUACAAUGGAAGGAACACCAGAACACAGGGGAGUUAACUACAGAACCCUGGAAGAAUUAUUUCGGAUAACUGAAGAGAGACAUGAUACAAUGAAGUAUGAAUUGUCUGUUAGCAUGCUGGAGGUCUACAAUGAGAAGAUAAGAGAUCUCUUGGUGGAAAAUUCUGCCGAACCUACUAAGAAAUUGGAGAUAAAGCAAGCUGCAGAAGGAACCCAAGAGGUCCCAGGACUUGUUGAAGCUCGUGUUUAUGGAACAGAAGACGUGUGGGAAAUGCUCAAGACUGGAAACCGAGUCAGAUCAGUUGGAUCCACCUGUGCUAAUGAGCUUAGCAGCCGUUCUCACUGCUUGUUAAGAGUAACUGUAAUGGGGGAAAAUUUAAUCAAUGGCCAGAGAACAAAGAGCCACCUUUGGCUAGUAGACUUAGCUGGCAGUGAGCGCCUGGGAAAAACUGAAGCCGAAGGAGAAAGGCUGAAGGAAUCUCAGUUCAUAAAUAAGUCACUUUCAGCACUCGGUGAUGUUAUUUCUGCCCUUGCUUCCAAAUCAUCCCACAUCCCUUACAGGAACUCAAAACUCACUCAUAUGCUGCAAAGCUCUUUAGGAGGAGACUGCAAAACUUUAAUGUUUGUGCAAGUAAGUCCAAGUUCGGCAGACUUGGGAGAGACACUUUGCUCGUUGAAUUUUGCCACCCGUGUCCGUGGGAUCGAGAGUGGCCCAGCUCGCAAGCAAGUAGACCACACUGAGCUGUUUAAGUACAAGCAAAUGGCUGAAAAGCUGAAACAAGAUGAGAAGGAAACAAAGAAAUUACAGGAUAGCUUGCAAAUCAUGCAACUCAGGCUUGCUGCAAGAGAACAUCAUUGUAGAACCCUUCAGGAAAAGGUCCGGGAACUUGAGAACCAGAUUGCAGAAGAAAGGAAAACCAGACUAAAGCAAGAAAGUAGAUCUCUUGCAGCUGUUACAGUUCAACCUUCAUCAGCAGCAGCUCAUAAAACCAUGACAGACAAGAAGCCUCCACUGAAUCCUUCAAAACUGAGAAUGCCACUGGGAAGAAUAACCAAUUCAUUGCCUCCACGGUCUCCUCUAAGAUCAAAGAGUUACACUGCCUUCAUGAGUGGAAAGGAAAACUCUGUCAGAAGGAACUCAGUGGUGACGAGUGCUGUAAGGCCAGCUUCAUCAUCAACAACAGCACAGUUCCUUCAGGCAAGGAGGCGGGUGUCCAUUGCUGUGAGACCGCCUGCACCAUCAACAACGCAGGUCCUUCAUACAAGAAGGAGGGUCUCCAUUGCCACACUACCUUCUCAGACAACUUCUGACAUUACUACUCCACUCCGUACCUCAGCGUUCCGUGUUACCGGUGGAAGCAGCCAACAAUCACGGAUAAGAAGCCAAAGGAAAGAUCGGUACUCAAGUUUGUUCGCCCCAUUGCCAGAGUUGAGAACAUCAGUUGAGACAACUCCAAUGACUGUAAGGAGGAGCAGCAAGUUUAUGAUGAGCAGUCCGGUAAGGGCAGAUUCCAGGGAGGGAUCCGCUAGGCAUCCAACUCUUCUUGCACUUCAGCGCAAGCCUGUGGUCUGGAGUCCCCUUAGAGGUUUGAAAAGUAACAGAAAGUCAUCACUCUUGCCAUAUCGCCCAACCCAAAUGCAAUAGUUUCUCAUACUAUGUGACAGACAGUGGAGUUUUUUUUCAACUAAUGCACACGUGUAUAAAUUAGUGUAUUGUGAUUGGUUUAUGAAUCAACUUAGAUUCAAUUAAAUUUUUCUCAACAUUUCAUGACAAAUAAUACAGUUGUGUUUGUUAUUCUAUCAAAUUUCUGAUCUCACAUUUAAAUGCCAAA